CGUUAUAUGUAAACAUUACCUGCUGUAGUUAGUACAUCUGCUACGAACGAUGUCAUAUUCGAAAUAUAUAUGAAAAAUUUGGUACAUAUGUCAAAUAUCAAACACUUUUUAUAUGAUCGCAAUCUGACUCACACUUCGUGUAUACUUAAAAAUGCGGGGUCCAUGCAUGAAGGAAGAGUAAGGAGAGUUAUCUACCUAGAUUGAAAGUGGUCACGAAAAAUGUUCCGUAUGUGGUCAGGUUUGCCAAAUGGAAUGACUUGGACCAAUUCGUCGCCAUCUUGAAUAUUCGUACAUAUAUAGUGUUAUGUUUAGUUGUAUUAGUGAUCAGUAAGUGUGUUGGAUGACACACUACUUACUAAUUACUACCACAACUAAACGUAACACUAUACAUAUACGAAGAUUCAAGAUGGCGACGAAAUGGUCCAAGUUAUUCCAUUCGGCAAACCUGGCCACAUACGGAACAUUUUUCGUGACCACUUUCAAUCUAGGUAGAUAACUCUCCUUACUCUUCCUUCAUGCAUGGACCCCGCAUUUUUAAGUAUACACGAAGUGUGAGUCAGAUUGCGAUCAUAUAAAAAGUGUUUGAUAUUUGACAUAUGUACCAAAUUUUUCAUAUAUAUUUCGAAUAUGACAUCGUUCGUAGCAGAUGUACUAACUACAGCAGGGAAACUUGAAAUAGUAAAUCUCCAAAAAAAUAUUGCUGAAAUACAGAAACAAAUAACAAAAUUAGAAUAUGAAGUUAAAGACUUUAUGGAUGACAAUUAUGUUGAAUUCAGUGCAAAGUUAACAAGAGAUGUGCACUUAGUUAAAAAGACUGAACAGCUACUGAAAGAGAUGGACACUUUGCAGAGCAGGAUAAAUGAUCAAGUCAAAAUAGAGUUACCUGGUUUGACGAAAGAAUUGAAAACUCUCUCUCAAGAAUUAAAAGAGUCAAACAUUAGUUUGAAAUUAUCUCAUGAGUUGAUGAACUUACAUGAAUAUAUAAAAUCUAUAAAAGGAAUGCAAGAAGAAAAACGAUACAUUGAUACUGCAAAGACUCUGCAGCAAAUGCAAAUUUUAUUGGAUAAUCCUCAUAGUUUUCUACAAGAUCUGGAAAUAUAUGUGGCGAUCAAAGCUGAAUAUUGCAAUCUCUUUCGCUUGUACUCGAUAGAAGUGUCCAGACUGUUAUAUGAUUGCAUUUGUUGGAAUAAUGAUGUGAAAGACAGCAAAACAAUUACCUCUAUUAUUAUCAAAAAUGACUAUGACAACAUACAGGAAUUAAUACAAGGAUUGCAUAUCAUCAAUAAUCUUGAAAACUUCUUACAAACAUUUUUAACAAACUUGAUGAACCAUAUAAUUAAUCCCAUCAUUCAUGAUCAUUGUUCAGUGUAUGUUAUCAAGGAAAGAAUAUUUACCAUCGAAAUAUUAGAGAAAAACAAAAUGCCAUGUUUCAAAGGCGUACUGUACAAUUUAAAACUACUCUUUAAAUUUCUUCAUCAACACCUGAAUCUGGCAGUUACGGAUAACGAAACUUUUUUGAAAAGAAUGCAACCGCAACUGCUAAAGCAAUUAUCACAUUCUUUAACAACAGAUUGUAUCUCGUACACCAUUCCAACUUCUAAUGCGAAUCUAAAGAAUUUCGAGCCUGUCAUCGAAGCGAUUAAUGAAUUUCAAGAUUAUUUAGUACAAAUCGAAUUUCUUUCUAAGGAUGAGCUCUUUUUAUCAGAAUACACAAACAAUAUUGACAAACUUUUCGUUGAUAGAAUGUGUCAGGAUUUAUUAGUCAAAGCUAGAAAUAUAAUGAAGAAAGACUUACAUGAUUCUGUUCGAUGUGAGCUACAGGAACCACCUAUACUUAUGAAUAAAAUAUUCGAAAAUAAUUCUGAGUUAUUGAAUGAAAAAACGUUACAAAAUAUGUCAUUUCAUUUACCGAAGUGUCAAAUCAGCAAAAGCGCACAAGAAAUACUGGAAUUAACGAGGACAAUAUUAGAUGAGGCUUGCAAUAGUUCAGAUGCUUGUGCCAGUAGAUUAUUUUAUACAUGUAGAAAUAUAUUUGAAAUGUAUGUCGGUUUGGUACCUGAACAUCAUAAAAAAUUUUUAGAAACGAUACCGCAGCAAGUUGCUCUGUUUCAUAAUAAUUGUAUGUAUCUUGCCCACCAUCUACUUACAUUGGCGCAUGAAUAUAAAGACAAAUUCUCGAAAAAUCUACAAAAAAUGAAUUUAACAUUCUCGGAUCAAGUCGCGAUAUUCCGAGAAGUCGGUUCGCAAUAUUUUUUAGAACACAUGAAGUAUCAAAAAAAUAUAAUUUUUGACAUCAUCAAAGAUUCAGGUUUUUCGGGAUUGGGGCAAACAUCUGAGUUACAUCCUAGCACCGAGCGUGCUUUAAGACAAUGCAUCAGACAACUGGAAUUAUUGAAGACAGUUUGGCUAGAAGUGUUACCUGUAAACAUCUAUUGCAAAGCUGUUGGAUGUAUAACUAAUUCUAUGAUUGACGAUUUGGUGUCAAAAGUUAUAACUGUUGAAGAUAUUCCAGCUAAUGUAGCAACAGAACUAGUAACUUUAUUCAAUAUGGUGGUAAAACGAACACCACCGAUAUUUCCUGAUCAACAGAUACAACAGCAUGUACAUAAGUGGGGAAAAUUUUUGGAAUUGAUUAAGAUACUUGGUGCAUCACUGAAAGAAAUCGAAGUUAGAUGGGGAAAUGGAAAAGGAUUAUUAGCGCAAGAGUUCACUGCUGCACAAGUUAAACAACUGAUCCGAGCAUUAUUUCAGAACACUGACCGAAGAUCUAAUCUUUUAGUCUCUAUAAGAUAAAAAAAUGUCAAAUAUAUAUAAAAAUGUAAAAUGUAUAAAAAAUAUAACAAAAAAAUAGUUAUGUUUGUAUCCAUUCCACAUCAAAUUUAA